AUGGUUGUCUUCCAGAACAAAAUCAUCUAUAUGCCUUCAGUCCCGCCAUUUUCCCGGUCCGAGAAAGUCGGCGACUAUGUGUUGCAAUGUAAGCCUGUGGGAUGGGUGGAACAUGACCUCAAGGCAGCAGAUGGAACCGCGAUCAAGAUUUUGGAGGGAUCGGUUGGAGCGUCUGCCGAGUCCGAGGUAGAUGAUCACAUUGUUGUUCUGUAUUUCCAGGGGAACGCAUCGUCGUUACCACCUCGGCUCCCUUACCUUUCAAGCGUCUUGAAAAGCUUGUUGCAGCAGGAAACUCGGAAAAAGUACACCAUUGUGGCUUUGUCUUAUCGAGGUUUUUGGAAAUCAAAGGGUAGCCCAUCCCAGUCCGGGAUUGAGCUGGAUGCUGAGGCGGCACUGGAGUGGGUUCGAAAUCGCUACAACCACGAUAGAACUAAAUUCGUGGUCUGGGGACAGUCCAUCGGUGCAGGGGUUGCAACUGUGAGCCUGGCGAAUCUGUUGAGACACGGUAAUGCAAACUUGCGCCGGUUCUCGGGGCUCCUACUCGAGACACCCUUCGUGGAUUUGAGAGCGAUCCUCAUCGCCCUUUAUCCACAAAAGUUUCUCCCUUAUCGAUAUCUGGCCCCCUUUCUGCGGUCGACGUGGGACAGCAAGACUGCUCUUCACCAGAUCGGAAGGAGUAAAUCAAAGAUGAGGGUAUUGAUCUUGGAAGCAGGUAAUGAUGAGAUCGUGCCUUCGGGACAAGCGGCAAUCUUGGAGCAGGUCUGUCGCAAGGAAGACCUGGAGGUGGAUCGGAAAACAGUUGCCGGAGCCUUGCACACCGAGGUAAUGGUCAAAGCUCAGGGCCGCAACCACAUCGUGAGGUUUCUUCAAUCCUUCUAG